GGGUCGCGCGCGGCGGCAGUCGCGCGGCAGCCGCGGCCGGGGUGCGAGCGGCGGCGCGGGGCGGGCAGCGGCGCCCGCGGGCGGCAUGUCCAAGACGCUGCGGAAGAAGCGGCACUGGCUGAGCAAGGUGCAGGAGUGUGUGGUGUCCUGGGGCGGCCCGGCGGGCCCCGACCCCGACCUCCUGCGCGGCGGAGCCGAGCGCGGCGAGUUCCCCUACCUGGCGGGCCGCUUGCCGCCGGCCGGCGAAGGCGCUCCGGGCCCCGCGCUGCUCUCGGGCAAGGCGCCGGCGCCGGGCGACGUUCUGCUGGAGGUGAACGGCACCCCCGUCAGCGGCCUCACGCACCGCGACACGCUGGCCGUCGUCCGGCACUUCAGGGAGCCAGUGCGCCUCAAGACCGUGCGCCCAGGAAAAGUCAUCAACAAGGACCUGCGCCACUACUUGAGCCUUCAGUUCCAGAAGGGCUCAAUAGACCAUAAACUCCAACAAGUGAUCAGAGACAAUCUCUACUUGAGAACCAUCCCUUGCACUACAAGGGCUCCCAGAGAUGGGGAGGUCCCUGGGGUAGACUAUAAUUUCAUUCCUGUUGAGCAGUUUAAAGCACUGGAAGAAAGUGGAGCCUUGCUAGAAAGUGGAACAUAUGAUGGUAAUUUUUACGGCACUCCGAAGCCUCCAGCAGAGCCCAGCCCUUUUCAGCCUGACCCAGUGGAUCAGGUCCUUUUUGACAAUGAUUUUGAUACUGAAUCACAGAGGAAAAGAACCACAUCUGUCAGCAAAAUGCAAAGGAUGGACAGCUCUCUCCCUGAGGAAGAGGAAGAGGAGGAGAAGGAAGCAGUUAAUGGCAGCGGAGGGAUAGAAAACAAAGAAAAACAUUCAGAUUCUCCUGACUGGAUGAAACCUGUUCCCAGCUACAACCAGACAAGCAGCUCCAUGGACUUCAGAAAUUACAUGUCGAGGGAUGAAACCCUGGAACCGCUGCCCAAGAACUGGGAGAUGGCCUACACGGACACUGGCAUGAUCUACUUCAUCGAUCAUAACACCAAGACAACCACCUGGCUUGAUCCACGGCUCUGCAAGAAAGCCAAAGCUCCUGAAGACUGUGAAGAUGGAGAACUCCCUUAUGGAUGGGAAAAAAUAGAAGACCCUCAAUAUGGCACAUAUUAUGUUGAUCACAUUAACCAGAAAACUCAGUUUGAAAACCCAGUGUUGGAAGCCAAAAGGAAAAAGCAACUGGGACAGACUGAUGUUGGCCCUUCAAAAUCAGGACCAGAGAAGUCUGUCUUCACCAGAGAUCCAUCCCAGCUUACAGGAGCACUGAUCCGGACAUCGCUGAAGAAAAGUACCAUGGGCUUUGGCUUUACGAUCAUCGGAGGGGACAGGCCUGACGAGUUUCUCCAGGUGAAGAAUGUGUUGAAAGAUGGACCUGCUGCCCAAGAUGGCAGAAUUUUACCAGGUGAUGUCAUUGUAGACAUAAAUGGAAGUUGUGUUCUUGGCCAUACCCAUGCAGAUGUUGUCCAGAUGUUUCAACUAGUUCCUGUCAAUCAGUAUGUGAACAUGACUCUGUGUCGUGGUUAUCCUCUUCCUGACGGCAAUGAAGACCCUGUGGUAGAUAUAGUGACAGCUACACCUAUUAUCAAUGGACCACCUGUGACCAAAGGAGAUGUUUGUGUGGCCAGCCAAGACUUAAUACCAGGAACAGUUGUGUUGGACCAGAAUGGAAAAAUGGGUCCCAUGUUGGUCAAUGGUCGUCUGAAUGGUCCUUCCAUGGAUACAGCUGAGCAGAGGAUCUCUCUUGCAUCUUCAGGAGCCUCUCAGCCAGAGCUGGUCACCAUUCCUUUAAUCAAAGGUCCUAAAGGCUUUGGGUUUGCCAUCGCAGACAGUCCUACAGGGCAGAAGGUGAAAAUGAUUUUGGACAGCCAGUGGUGCCAAGGCCUUCAGAAAGGGGAUGUAAUAAAGGAGAUUUGCCAUCAGAACGUACAGAGCUUGACACAUCUGCAGGUGGUAGAGGUGCUGAAGCAGUUUCCAGUAGGAGCAGAGGUGCCACUGCUUAUCUUAAGAGGAGGUCCACCCUCACCUACUAAAACAGCUAAAGGGAAGGACAAGCAGGACAGUUCAGGCAGUUUGGAAGCUGUCUGUGAUCCCAUCCCACAGCCGAUGCCCUUCCCACCCACUGCCGUGCGGCCAGGCUCUCCUAAGCUGGACCCUUCCGAAGUCUACCUGAAGUCUAAGAGUAUCUACGAGGACAAACCUCCAAACACCAGGGAUUUGGACGUUUUCCUGCGGAAGCAAGAGUCGGGCUUUGGUUUCCGGGUGCUUGGAGGGGAUGGACCAGACCAGCCUAUUUACAUCGGCGCCAUCAUCCCGCUGGGAGCGGCCGAGAAGGACGGCAGGCUGCGGGCGGCGGACGAGCUGAUGUGCAUCGAUGGGAUCCCUGUCAAGGGCAAGUCACACAAGCAGGUUCUGGACCUGAUGACCAGCGCUGCUCGCAACGGCCAGGUGCUGCUCACCGUCCGCAGGAAGAUCUUCUUCGGUGGGGAGAAGCCAGCGGAGGAGGAGGAGCCGCAGCCUGCCCUGGCACAGAAUGGCUCUCCCCGGCUGAACCGGGGGGAGUUUGCCAGCCAGCAGUCCCCAGAGGUCUAUGAUGUCCGUCUGCAGCGUAAGGAGAACGAAGGAUUUGGCUUUGUCAUCCUCACCUCAAAGAACAAACCUCCUCCUGGUGUGAUUCCUCACAAGAUUGGGCGAGUGAUCGACGGGAGCCCUGCUGAGCAGUGUGGGAAGCUGAAGGUGGGCGACCGCAUCUCGGCGGUGAACGGCCAGUCCAUCGUGGAGCUCUCCCACGACAGCAUCGUGCAGCUCAUCAAGGAUGCAGGCAACGUGGUGACUCUCACUGUGGUGGCUGAGGAGGAGCACCGUGGGCCUCCCUCAGGAACAAACUCUGCCAGGCAGAGCCCAGCUCCACAGCACCGGCUGCUGGCAUCAGCAUCUUCCAGCAUAGACAGGGGAGCCACAGAAGGGGAAGCUGGAAAAGAAGCUUCAAGCAGCUACAGGCUCUCCUGGCCAGAGCACAAGCACUUGGCGCAGUCGGACGCCAGCAUCGCCUCCGCCGUGGGCAGCCGGCACCCCCAGAGUCCUGGCUGCUUCCCAGUGGAGCUGGAGAGGGGCCCUCGAGGGUUUGGAUUCAGCCUUCGAGGGGGAAAGGAAUACAACAUGGGCUUGUUCAUCCUUCGACUGGCUGAGGAUGGGCCAGCUGUCAAAGAUGGGAGAGUGCAUGUUGGUGACCAAAUCGUUGAGAUUAACGGAGAGCCCACCCAAGGAAUCACUCACACACGAGCCAUUGAGCUGAUUCAGGCUGGAGGGAACAAAGUUUUGCUGCUGCUGAGACCAGGGACUGGCUUGAUACCAGAUCACAGUGAUUGGGAUAGUUACAAUCCAUCUUCAUCAAAUGUAAUAUAUGAAGAGCAGUCACCAUUACCUUCAUCCUUGCAUUCUGCUUCCCCAUCAGAAGUUUGUUAUUCACCAGUACCAGGAGAAGCUUUAACCAGAGUUCAGCUGUCUGAGAAACUGGAACAAGCAAAGAACACUGUGCCUGAAAAGAUUAGCACUUUAACCGAAAACCAUUUUGAGAUGAAGCCUCAGUCUUCUCCCCAGAGAACAAAGAACAGGUGGGAAUGUCCCUCCAGCCCUGGAUUCGAAAUCACAAAAGGUGGUUUGGAAUUAGGGACCAGAAGAGACAGAUCUGUAAGUCCAGACAAGUUGGUGGCUGCUGAGGGACACCCACACACAGGGUUCCACAGCCCCAGGAAAGGGGAUCCUGAAAAAACUUGCAGCAACCUCUCACUGUCUGACAGUUCCAGAAGGAGUGAAAGCAAACCCUCGGAGUCAGGGGUGAGCAAGGAGCAUUCUGGUGGAAGGCAGGGAAGGUCUGCCAGUCCCCCAAAGCAUCUCAGCAAGCUGGGAAAGGUGGAAGCAGUAAGCAGGUUACAGGAGUAUCAGGAGAGAGCAGCUGGUGGUGACAAGACGACUGCUGAGCAGCUGAGAGGUGGCAACGGUAGAACAGCAGCGACCAGGAGAGAGACAAAGCAGAAGACUUCUGGCAGGGCAGGAGGGUGGUCGCCAGAGCGGUGGCACGCAGCGCUCCACAACAACCUUCCCUUCAGUGACUCUAAGAGAUUAAACACAGCUGAAGAUGAAAGAUGGAAGAAGUCCAACCCUGGAGAGCCAGGUUCCAGCAGAUUCAAGACUUCCAGCCUCUCCAGCCUCCCGCUGCUUUCCCUGGAGAAACAAAGGUGGCUGGAGACACAGCAGGGAGAGAGACAGCCGCAGCUGCCCCACGAAACCAAAGAGGAUGGAAUUUCCAAAUCUGAGAACAGUUCUCCUGUCAAGAAAACACCAAUCACUCCUGGACCUUGGAGGGUACCCAGCACGUGUAAAGUCACCCAGGCAGCCGGUGUGGCUGAGAAGCGGCUGUGACGCUGCUCUCGAGCACGGCAGGCUCAGCGCCUCACCACGGCCCUUGCUAAGCUUUGUUUCUUUUCACAACGUUGGUUUUAUUCCCCCCCCCAGACUGGUUUAGAAAGGUGGAAAGUAUUUGAUUUCUUCUUAAGUUAUCUGAGCUGCAUGAAGGACCUUUUGGAUUGCUUCAGUGAAACUCCCUCCGUAAGCUGCUGUCCCUGUGUCCCUUCGAGGCGGUGUCCUGCUGCUCCCCACGUUGCACUGCUGCAGCUUUCUCAGUGUUGUGAGUUCCUGAACAAAAUUAUUUAAUGCCUCUGUUGCCAAUGUGACCAUGACUCACUUGUUCUUGUGCCAAGGUAUCUACUGUAGCCAGUCAGUCUCAUCCCUCUCGUGUGUUCCAGUCCCAGAAGGGCCCAGCUGGGGUUGGGAUGGCUGUUUCUCAAGAGCAUGUUGCAUGUUUCCAUCAGGCACUGCCUGUGUCCUCUGUGGUUCUGUGAGGAGAUGGUUGGUGAGUUGGUUCUGUCAGCUCCAGGGCAGCAAAUGACCCUCUGAGGCCCUGCAGGUGAUGUUUUGGGGUUUUUUUCCCUUCCCUUUUUAUACCUAAUACAGAAUCAUGUUGAUAAAGUUCUACUGGACACCCCCCCUGGGCUGUAAUUUUGCUUUUUAUCAACCCAGCAAAAUUGCUUUGGUUCCUGGAUGCACUUCUACCUGCAAACCCUUGUGUGGAAAGAGAACAUUCUGGGUUCUGUUCAGUGACCUCUUUCCUUCAGCUUCCCCUGCAGCCAUGACCACACCUCUGUUUUCAGCCUCCCUGUGCUGCUGUACUCUGAAGUCCCAGCUUUAAUUAUUUAUUGCUUGUUAGGAAUCAGCUUUUUCCCCACCCCCUCUAGAGAGAGCAAUUGACCAUAGGACAGAACCAGCUGCCAUCAGAGCUGCUUAAGUGAAGUACUCGUGUGUACUGAAGUGGCUCAUGUUUUGUGUUGAAUGUGACCUAAGAGGAUGGGGUGCAGGGUCUGGGAGGUUUUAGCUCUGGCUGGGGCUAGAAUGUGAUUAACAGGAGGGAUGUGACACCCCUCCCAGAGCCUGCUGCCAGCUCAGGCCCACAGCUGCAUUGAGGGGAG